UUUGAAUCUCAGUCCCUAGUUUUGACAAGGAAGUCCUACCAGACCAGAACAAUAGGAGAGAUGGUUAAUCUCAUGUCUAUUGAUGCCCACAGAUUUAUAGAGACAUUGAGUUACUUUCACAUGGUUUGGUCUGGUCCUUUACAGAUUGUUGUUGCUCUAGUGGUCUUAUAUUGGACAAUGGGUCUUGCUAUUCUUGCUGGCCUGGCAGUAUUGUUAUUAUUGCUACCCUUUACUUUGCUGGUGUUCCUUCUUGGGCAGCGAUUCCAAACUAAACUAAUGAAAGCUAAAGACAAGAGAUUGAGAUCAAUCUAUGGAAUUCUUAGUGGGAUUAAAGUAAUUAAACUUUACGCUUGGGAAUUUCCAUUCAAAGAAAAAAUAAAAGAGCUCAGAAACAUUGAGUUAAAGUGUCUAAGGAAAAUAGCUAUUAUUCAAUCCUUUGCUACUCUAACUUGGUUUAGCACUAGCACUGUUGUCACACUUGCAACAUUUUCUACAUUCAUGUGGAUUCACAGCACGAUUGCUAACCCAAACUACAUCAUGACGGCAGGGAAGGUUUUUGUAACCAUAUCACUAUUUGAUAUCCUUAGAUACCCACUCACUAGACUACCAAUGACAGUUGCAUAUAUCAUUCAAGCUAAUGUAUCACUGAAGCGCAUUAGAUCUUUCUUAUUAGAAGAAGAAUUGGACCUUACAGGUACUGAUGAUAGUGAUACUACUACUGAUGGAAAGGAAGUUGUGUUAAUAAGAGAAGGAUCAUUUUCAUGGGACAAAGAAGAGGAGAAAUUUAUGCUGUCAGAUAUUGAAUUAUCUGCAAGACCUGGUGAACUAGUGGCUGUAGUGGGACCUGUUGGUGCUGGUAAAUCAGCAUUGAUAUCAGCCAUCUUAGGAGAAAUGAAUAAAAUAAAUGGACAUGUAGUUCUUAGGGGUAGAGUAGCUUAUGUACCUCAGAUUGCUUGGAUAUUGAAUGCUACAGUCAAAGAUAACAUUACUUUUGGUAAAGGGUUCAAUAACGUUCUCUACAAUGAGGUCAUUAGUACUUGUGCUUUGGAAGCAGAUAUGGAAAUAUUACCAGGAGGAGACAUGACUGAAAUAGGAGAGAAAGGUAUUAAUCUUAGUGGUGGUCAGAAACAACGUGUUAGUCUAGCUAGAGCAGUCUACCAGGAGUCUGAUGUGUAUUUACUUGAUGAUCCUUUAUCUGCUGUUGAUUCACACGUUGGUAAACACAUAUUUGAUAAUGUGAUAGGACCAGAAGGAGUAUUGAAAAACAAAGUACGUAUAUUAGUGACUCAUAGUGUGAGGUUCCUAUCUCAAUGUGAUAAGAUAAUUGUCAUGAAUGAAGGCAGGAUUAGUGAGGCUGGAACUUAUUCAGAACUACUUGGACACAAUGGAGAGUUCUCUGUGUUUUUACAAAACUAUGGCUCAACAGAUGAGAGUGAUGAAAAGAAACAAAGUGAAAUCUCUGUUCCUGAAGAGAAAGGCUGUUUCUCUGACAAGAUUAAAAAAGAACAAGAAAAUUCUUUGAUAGUUAAUGAGAAAGUUCAUCUUGGAAUCGUUAAGAUUUCUGUCAUUGCAGCUUACAUCAAAUCCUUUUCCUACAUUUCAUUGUGUCUUGUAUUACUCCUGUAUUGCUUAACUGCUGGUGGAUAUCUUGGUCAGUUGCUCUGGUUAGCUCAUUGGAGUAAUGCUGGAGGAAAUGAUAACUUGACACUUUCUGCUAAUCUUGGCAUUUAUGCUUCACUUGGAAUGGCUCAAUCUUUCUCAUUUUUAUUUGCUUCACUCACACUAGCUUUUGGAACUGUUAAAGCUUCAAGGAGACUCCACGCUAAAAUGCUAUCAAAUAUACUUCGAUCACCAAUGUCAUUCUUUGAUACUACACCUCUAGGAAGACUCCUGAAUAGAUUCUCAAAAGACACUAGCGUUAUUGAUGAGAAGAUUUCUACAUUCCUCAGUGCUUUCUUAACAACAGUUUUCUCUACAGUUGGUGUAGUAAUAGUCAUUUCAAUUGCUUCACCUUGGUUCCUGUUUGCUACAGUUCCAAUAUCCAUAUUCUACCUAUUUGUCCAGCGUUUUUAUGUUGCUACUUCAAGACAGUUGAAGCGUCUCGAGGCAAACUCAAGCUCUCCCAUUUACUCUCAUUUCCAGGAGAGCAUUAAUGGAGUGACUAGCAUUAGAGCUUACAAUGUACAGGAAAGGUUUCAACUGCUGUCCCAAGCUCAUGUAGACUACAAUCAAGUGGCCCUGUAUUACAGUUACAAUGCUGUAGUCAGGUGGCUAUCAGUUCAGCUUGAUUUUGUUGGUGCUUUGGUCAUAUUCCUGGCUGCAGUGCUUGCUGCACUUCAACGAAAUUACCCUCAAGUUUUUGGUUUCAUUGACCCUGGAUUAGCUGGAAUGUCAAUAAGCCAAGCAUUCAUGAUGACAUUGCUAUUGUCUAUGGUUGUCAGAAUGACCAGUGACUUGGAAAGCAGUUUGAUAUCAGUUGAAAGAAUUAAAGAAUACACAGAGUCACCAAAUGAGGCUCCUGAAAUUAUUCCUGAUAAUAGGCCUGAUCCUAAUUGGCCAGUAGAUGGUAGCAUUCAAUUUGAUGAAUAUGCUACACGCUAUCGUCCUGGACUUGAUCUUGUACUAAAGAACGUGUCUUGUUACAUACCUGGUGGUCAAAAAGUUGGUGUUGUAGGACGGACUGGAGCAGGGAAGUCAUCAUUAACUAUGUCAUUGUUUCGUAUCAUUGAAGCUAAUAAAGGAUCCAUUUUAAUUGAUGGCAUGGACAUCAGUGAAUAUGGACUACGUGACCUUAGAUCACGACUAACAAUCAUUCCACAAGUUA